AUGGCUCCGUUAGAACUCCAGGGCAAUGAUGACUACGAAGCCAUCGCGCGAGCGGUUCAACCAGUACCCCGCCAUCGAUCCCACGACCCCGCCAACAAUCAGAAGCGAACAGAUCCUUUCCAAUUCGGCUCGCGCUAUCUCGAAGAAGGCGACGAUGUUUUUGAAUUCAACGCGUGGGACCAUGUUGAAACUGACGCUGACUACCGCGAGUAUGCAGAACUUCAAUACUUAAGGCAGAAAGAAUCCCCUGUUUCUGAAGAAGCUCGCGACAAGUACAACGCGAACCCUUCCAAAUUUUGGAAUCUAUUUUACAAACACAAUACGAGCAAUUUCUUCAAGAAUCGCAAAUGGCUCCACCAGGAAUUCCCUAUCCUAACGGAGGUGAGCAAAGCCGACGCGGGUCCUCAGGUUAUUUUGGAAGUUGGCGCUGGUGCGGGCAAUUCUGCGUUUCCCAUUCUUGCAAAUAAUAAGAACGAGCAACUGAGGCUGCAUGCAUGCGAUUACUCAAAAAAAGCAGUGGAGGUUAUCCGCAAGGCUGAGCAUUACGAUGAGAGGUAUAUGCAAGCGGAUGUAUGGGACGUUUCGGCUGAGGGCGAGGAUUCUUUACCCCCUGGCCUAGGGCCGGACUCUGUUGAUGUGGUCGUGAUGAUUUUUAUAUUCUCCGCCCUUUCUCCUAGUGAGUGGUGCCGUGCGUUGAGAAACAUUCACCGGGUUCUGAAGCCAGGUGGACAUGUGCUUUUCAGGGAUUAUGGAAAGGGGGAUCUCGCACAGGUGCGCUUUAAGGGUGGGCGGUGGAUGGGCGAAAACUUUUAUGUGAGGGGAGAUGGAACGCGAGUAUACUUUUUUGAGAAGGAUGAACUAGCCCAUAUCUGGGGUCGAUGGAGCCCUGAAACUGGAAUUCCCGAAAGUAGUGAAAGCCGGGCCGCAGACUCGGCGAACUCAGCUCCGGAUGUACCAGAUGACUCCGGGUUUGAAAUAUUAGCUCUUGGAGUUGAUCAGCGGCUGAUUGUUAAUCGACAACGGAAAUUGAAAAUGUACAGAUGCUGGAUGCAGGGCCGUUUUCAGAAAAAGAAGGCCAAAUUGCAGUCUAGCACUUCUAGCCCGGAUACCGAGAAAGUUGAGCUUAGCUGA